GCUCUCCAGCCCCCCACCGCCCGCUCCGCCCCUCUGGCGAGGAAGAAGAGGGAGGCCUGGGGUUCUGGACUCACAUGACCGCUGGCGAGAUGGACGGGGAGGUGUCCGCAGGCGCGGGGGGAGCCGGCACAGACUUGGCAAAGCCUCCAGUAAUUGAGCCAAAGGAUCCGGAACAGCUGCCAAUGCAGACCAACCCGCUUCUGCUUUCCUACACCCUACAAGAGCUGUUGAGUAAGGACACUGUGCAAGUGGAGCUUAUACCUGAGAAGAAGGGCCUCUUCCUGAAACACGUGGAGUAUGAAGUUUCCAGCAAGCGCUUCAAGUGCUCUGUGUACAGGCGAUACAAUGACUUUGUGGUGUUCCAUGAGAUGCUGCUUCAGAAGUUCCCAUAUCGAAUGGUGCCUGCACUUCCACCGAAGAGAAUGCUGGGAGCUGACCGAGAAUUCAUAGAAUCUAGGCGGCGGGCUCUAAAGCGUUUCAUUAAUCUGGUGGCUCGGCAUCCUCCUUUCUCAGAAGAUGUGCUCCUGAAGCUCUUUCUCUCCUUUAGUGGCUCGGAUGUGCAGAACAAGCUGAGGGAGCUGGUCCAAGGAGUGGGAGAUGAGUUCAUGAUUUGCCAACUAGCUCCCCGGGCCAAGGACUUCCUCCCAGCUGACAUCCAGACCCAAUUUGCUGCCAGUCGAGAGCUUAUCCGAAAUAUCUACAACAGCUUCUACAAACUGCGGGACCGUGCAGAAAGAAUAGCUUCCCGAGCCAUUGAUAAUGCCUCAGAUCUUCUCAUAUUUGGAAAGGAGCUAAGUGCUUUGGGCUCAGACACUACACCACUUCCCUCCUGGGCUGCUCUGAACAAUAGCACGUGGGGGACUCUGAAACAGGCUUUAAAAGGCCUAUCCAUCGAAUUUGCACUGCUAGCUGACAAGGCUGUACAGCAGGGAAAACAGGAAGAGAGUGAUGUGGUGGAGAAGCUGAACCUUUUCCUGGAUUUACUCCAGUCCUAUAAAGAUCUGUGUGAGAGGCAUGAGAAGGGAGUAUUGCAUAAACACCAGCGAGCUUUGCACAAGUACAGCAUGAUGAAGAAGCAGAUGAUGAGCGCCACUGUGCAAAACAAGGAACUGGAGUCUGUGGAACAGCUGGAGUCACGAAUUGUGGAGCAAGAGAAUGCCAUCCUGACUAUGGAGCUGCGGAAUUAUUUUUCUCUGUACUGCUUGCACCAGGAGACACAGCUGAUCCAUAUCUACCUGCCUCUCACUUCCCACAUCUUGGGGGCUUUUGUAAACUCCCAGAUCCAGGGCCAUAAAGAGAUGAGUAAAGUUUGGAAUGAACUGAAGCCAAAGUUGAGCUGCCUCUUUGUGGCACCCCACAAUAUGCCAACACCGCCAUUGUCACCCCCGGAGGGCAACUUCUUUUCCAGUUAACUCUCUGAGAUCUGACACUGACCAGGCUGAAGUGUGGUCAAGAGAGAAAUGUAACCUCCAGUGCUUUUUUGUGAUGGUACUGCCCAGUAUGCAGUACUGGCACCUCCAGACGCAGUACUGGCACCUCAAGUCAGAGCUUACUUGGAAAGAACAGAGCUUUUCCCCUGGAGUACCGGCACCUUUUUUUUUUUUUAAACAAAAAAAGCACUGGUAACCUCUAUCUCCAAACAAGAAAAUGAAGCUUCCGAACAGCUAUUUUUAUACUGCUGCUUUGAGCUGCUCUCUGACUUAUGGACAAACUGGAAACAGAACCACAUACAGAGAGAGAGACACACACACACACACAAUCUCUUGAUUUUUGUUCUUUAUUUUGAAGUGCCACAGGGCAUGACUCACAUUCAUUGCCCUAGCGGCCCUCUGCCUAAGGACUGAAAGAGGCUUGGUACUCCAAGUCCUGCAGUUUGGCUAUUGCUGAAGUCCCACAUCGCUCAUAUGAAUUACCCUCUUACAGCUAUUUACACAUAUACUGGCCAAUGUUUAAAGUGCUGAGAUGCACAGGAUGUAUGACGUUUCCUUGCUGUUUAAGCUAAGGACCCAAAGUAGAGGCAUGUGUGUAUAGGAAGAGCUGAAGGGUAGCCUCCCUCUCCCCCCAGGCUCGUUCAUUAGGUGUUUGAUCUCAUAUUGCUAGAUCCACAUACAAACCAGGUAAAAAUGUCUUGGUUGGCUCUCUAACUCUGUUGGGUGGGUGUGAUGUUUUCCAGUGUGCAAGCUGAACUCGUGUCACAGGAAGGCACAGGGCAUAUUUGCUCAUACAUAGUAACGUAUGGCCACAGAUGACCUUGCUGAACAGUGUUUCUUACAGGAAUCUGCUUGCCACAUGGGUAGAAAAUAGUUGAUUGAAAUGAUAAUACACUCCCUAGACAGGAAUAACUUUUCAUGCAGUAGAAGCAGGGCAGCUCUAGGGUGAUUAACUUUCCUUGGAAGGGCUGGAGUCUCUCAUGGGUGCCUAUCUUAUAGGCAUCCUCAGAGGAUGACUGCCUGUGAGAGCCCAAAUUGGCUAAUGCUGAUGUUCCCUCUGGUUUAACUCUCAAUUAAUACAUAUCCAGGUCAGAACCGAAAUUUAGUACAUCAGUAUAUAUCACAGUGCCACUCGUUUCUGGCACCGUAUAUACUGAAGAUGAAGGCAAACUCCUUCAGGUGAAAGAGGCAAUAAACUUUGAGUGAGUGAAAAGGAAAUGUGCUAAGUAGGAAGAGUAAUCUGUCUAAUUUGGACUAUAAUUAUUUCCCUAUUCUAGGCAAGUUGACUAUUAAUAGGGGGUAUAUUCAACUUCUCUAAUUCUAGAAUUCUGAUUCUCAGAUAUAAUGUUGACUAGUUUCUGCUGCAAAAGUUUUUGUGCAAAAACUUGUGGAGCAUCCACACUACAAGCCCAUUCUUGCGCAAGAAAAAGUACAGUAAAGCGUCAGAAGAGAGGACUUUUUGUGCAAGAGUUAUUCCUCUCCCCACGAGGAAUAAACCUUUUUGAACAAGAGCGCUUGAGCAAAAAGGCACGUGUGGACGGGCAGCAGGGGGUUUUUAUGCAAGAACUGACCUCCAGGAAAAAACACACAUGCUCUGGUGGACACUCCUGAAAACUCAUCACAGCUCUAUAGUUCCUGUCCCCUGGCCCCACCUUAAAGGUGCUGGCCCCUUGGAGAAGCCCCGUGUCAAGAAGCGGAUCCCAACCCUGCAGCAUCUCUCCACGCGGUUCUCCCUGCCACAGCCUGGACAAGGCAUGUCUGCCCCUGAGGCCCCCUGCAAUUCCCCUGGCCCUAAUAGGGAGCAGCCUCGGGGUCACAGGACCUACCCAGGGGCACCAAGAGGUGUGCACCCUCCUUGUCUGGGCCAGAGGUCGAGGCCCUUUUAGAGCUGUGGGGACAAGAGGAGGCCCUGCAGGAUCCCUGGGCAAGGAGGAGAAAUGCCGAGAUCUUCGGCCGGAUGGCACGGGCCUUGGCAGAGCACGGACACCCACUCCGGAUCUUUGAGCAGGUCUGGAGUAAAGUCAAAGAACUCUGGCUCUCCUGCGUGCGUGCUGGCGAGUGCUUGGGGGCAGGACCCCACAGCUGCCCCUACUACAGCCAGCUGCACUGCAUCCUGGUGGACGAGGAGGAGACCUCAUCCAUGAUUGUGGACACUGGCCUGGGGAGCCCUGUCAUCGCGCACCCAGAGCAGGAGCACAAGCGUGAGGGCCAGCCAGCUGCCCCAGCGGAGGAUGAGGAGACCAGUCCAUCAUCACCCUGUCCCUGGAGCCGCUGCCUGGCAGCCAGGAAGUCUCCCAGGCCUCCUCAGAAGCCGGGGAAGGAUCCUCAGCCGGGAGUGAGGGGCCAGCCAGUCCACCGAUGCCACCUGCCAGAGUUUGGGGGACACAAAGGUGUGCCAGGCCCUGGGACCAGCUCAUGUGGCAGCAAUUGAGGACAUGCAGCGGACGCUGGCUGAGACAGUCCACUCCGACUAUGAGUGGCGCCAGCAUGCCUAGGAACAGUUCACAGAGCACUGUGAUCGCUUUGGAGAUCUCAUGGCCAGCAUGCUGCUUCCCAUGUGUCCCCUCUUGCCCCCCACAACGACCCCAUGUCCCCCUCUCCUGCCUCCCCAUGCUCGCUAUGUCCCUGUGCUCCCCGCGCCCACCCAUUCACUAGACCAACGAGGCCCCUGCACCUGAGGUGGCACUGGCAGAUAUCCCUGGGAAACAUAAGCCCCCCUCCCAAUUCAGAGCCCCCUCCCCCUGCCUACCUUUCAGUCAUGUUAAAUAAAGCACGUUUGGUUUGGUUUGGUUGCCAUGCACAUAGGCUCCUUUAUUAGGAAGUGGGGGAAGGAGGAAAGGGAGGGGUUGGGCAGGGGCCCCUUGUUAGGAGGCCCUGGGGACAGUUACUGGGGUGCCUACGAUAAUCUCUCCCUCAGGGCUUCCCAGAUGAGCACCCUGGCCUGAUGGGCUUGCUGGAUGGCAACUGUCCAGGGCUGCUCAAAUGCAUGGCCCACUUAGCCGGUGUCUGUCCCCCCAGCCCGGGAGGAAGGCCUCCCCCUUCCUCUCCACAAUGUUGUGGAGGACACAACAUGCCACAACCACCUCAGCAACGUUGUGCUCCCCCAUGUCCAGAGGGUCAGAAGAUAACGAAAGAGCACCUUCCGAUGGCCAGAGGCGCACUCGACCUGGUUCCUAGCUCGGUUCAUCAAAUUAUUCCCUGCUGGGGUCCAGGUGUCCAGUGUAUGGCUUCGUAAACCAUGGCAUGAGGGAGUAGGCCGCGUCCUCCAUGAUGCAUAGUGGCAUCUGCACAUCCCCAAUGGCGCAUUCCCGGUGGGGGAAGAAUGUGCCCGCCUCCAGCCUAUGGUACAGGUUGGAGUUUCUAAAGAUGCAGGUGUUGUGUACCCUGCCCAACCACCCCACAAAAAUACAUCGGUAAAGUGUCCAUGGUGGUCGACCAGGGCCUGCAGCACCAUGGCAAAGUAGCCCUUUCUGUUGAAGUGGGCUGUUCGGGUCAGGUGCUCAAAUGGGGAUGUGUGUCCUAUCUAUUGCUACGCUGCAGCUGGGGAACCCCAGGAUAGCCAUUUUGGCC